AUGUCAAAGGGAAAAGUUUGUUUAGCGUAUUCGGGAGGUUUAGAUACCUCGGUCAUUUUAGCCUGGUUAUUAGAGCAAGGAUAUGAAGUAAUUGCGUUCUUGGCAAACAUUGGUCAAGAAGAAGAUUUUGAAGCUGCUGAGAAAAAAGCAUUGGCUAUUGGUGCCACCAAGUUUGUUGUUGUCGAUGUUCGUAAAGAGUUUGUGGAAAAGGUGUGCUAUCCAGCAAUUCAAGCCAAUGCUGUUUAUGAGAAUGUGUACUUGUUGGGAACCUCAUUGGCAAGACCGGUCAUUGCUCAAGCACAGAUCAAAGUUGCUGAAGAAAAUGGGUGUUUUGCUGUUAGUCAUGGGUGCACUGGUAAAGGUAACGAUCAAGUUAGGUUUGAAUUGAGUUUUUACGCUUUGAAACCGGAUGUUGUUGUGAUUGCACCAUGGAGGGAUCCAGAAUUUUUCAACAGGUUUGCCGGAAGAAAAGAUUUGUUGGAAUAUGCUGCUGCUAAAAACAUCCCUGUUGCUCAAACAAAGGCCAAGCCAUGGUCUACUGAUGAAAAUUUGGCCCAUAUUUCUUUUGAAGCCGGUAUUUUGGAGGACCCUAAUACCACUCCACCAAAAGAUAUGUGGAAAUUGACUGUUGAUCCCACCGAUGCUCCAGAAAAGCCAGAGACCUUUUCUGUGGUUUUCGAAAAGGGUUUACCAGUUAAGUUGAUCUUGGACGAGCAAAAAAAGACAUUUACUGACCCAGUUGAAUUAUUUACCGAGGCAAAUGCAUUAGCCAGAAGAAAUGGUGUUGGUAGAAUUGAUAUUGUCGAAAAUAGAUUUAUUGGUAUCAAGUCUAGGGGAUGUUACGAAACUCCAGGGUUAACCAUUUUAAGAUCGACUCAUAUUGACUUGGAAGGAUUAACCAUGGAUCGUGAGGUUAGAGCUAUUAGAGAUCAAUUUGUCACGCCAACUUGGGCCAAAAUAUUGUACAAUGGUAUGUAUUUUACCCCUGAGGGUGAAUAUGUGAGAUCGAUGAUUCAACCAUCACAAAACACGGUAAACGGUGUUGUUAGAGCUGCAUGCUACAAAGGAUCCUUGACGAUUUUGGGUAGAUACUCAGACACAGAGAAGUUGUACGAUGAGACUGAAUCAUCCAUGGAUGAAUUGACUGGAUUUUCACCAGAAGACACAUCUGGAUUCAUUGCCGUGCAAGCUAUCAGAAUAAAAAAGUAUGGUGAAGCUGCCAGAGAAAAGGGUAAUAUAUUACAACUUUAG